UCAUGGUAUUUUAAAAAUUUAGUGAGUGCUGUAUGUAUAGUGUAUCUUUAUGUGACUAUCUGAUUUUAUCGAGCAAGGUGGAUUAAACACACACUUUUUCAAAUCAAGAUAAAAAUAUGGCAAGUUACAAAACAAAGUUAAAAGAUUUUGAAGAACUUCUAAGCAGUGAGGAGAUUAAUAUUGAAAAACUUAGGAGUUUAUGCUUUAGCGGCUGUCCGGACGAGGCUGGUCAUCGGGCUGUUAGUUGGCGUCUCUUGCUCAAUUAUCUCCCUUUGAAUAGAGCUUCAUGGAGUGAAACACUGGCUCGGAAAAGAGAACUCUACAAACAGUUCAUAGAUGAGAUGAUUGUCAACCCUGGGGAUUGUGGCGAGGCUGGAGAUUGUACGAUGGCCGACCAUCCCUUAAACUUCAGCCCCGACAGUCAAUGGCAAACGUUUUUUAAGGAUAACGAAGUUCUGUUGCAGAUUGAUAAGGAUGUCAGACGACUCUGUCCUGAUAUAUCAUUUUUCCAACAAGCAACAGAAUUCCCCUGCAAAGCUGUUGUGAACAGCGGGGGUAGUAAAAGACUUCAUCGUAGAGUCGAACAUUCUGUGCUUAAAUCUGCCAAUGUAGAACGGAAAGGAUUGGGCAUCACCAGGAUUGCACUGUCGACCAAGAAGGCGCAGGAGGACUACGCUCCACUAGACGAGGGUGCCGAAGCUCACUGGGAAGUGGUGCAGAGACUUUUGUUUCUCUACGCUAAACUCAACCCGGGCCAGAGCUACGUACAGGGCAUGAACGAGAUCAUCGGGCCGAUCUACUACGCCUUCGCCUGCGACCCAAGACCUGAAUGGAGAGAGCAUGCUGAGGCUGAUACUUUUUUCGUGUUCACAAACCUGAUGGGAGAAAUAAGGGAUUUCUUCAUCAAGUCGUUGGACGAAGCAGAAUGUGGCAUCAACCAACUGAUGAAGAGAUUGUGUGAUCAGCUGAAAAACAACGACCACAAGAUUUACACGAGGUUACAACAGCAAGAACUCUGUCCGCAGUACUACAGCUUUAGGUGGCUGACUCUGCUGCUCUCUCAGGAGUUUCCACUACCAGAUGUUCUCAGAAUCUGGGACUCUCUGUUUGCUGAUCCGCACAGAUUCUCAUUCCUCAUAUACAUCUGCUGUGCCAUGAUAAUAAUAUUGCGAGAGCAGCUCCUGUCCGGUGAUUUUCCUGCCAACGUGAAGAUCUUACAGAAUUUUCCAUCAACCGAUAUCCAGAUAGUACUAACCAAAGCAGCAGAACUAGCUGGAAAAAACUCAAGAAUGAGAUGAAGAUCUCUGGAAGAGUUCUUAAGUACGUUCUCUACAUCAUUGUGAUUUCAAGCCAUCAUUCUACAGCUCAACGGCUGGACCUUGCCUUAUAGAUGAUUGUAAGACUGCAUUUAUCAUACUAAACUAAAUGUCAUUAUAGGGAUUGUUUAUAAAAUAAGUACUGUAACAAUUAGGUAAAAUAUAUAAUUUUAA